CCGAUUGUUGAGCGCGUCGAUGUGGGUAGAAGAAGUAGGUGGCACCCUGCUCGCCCCGACCUGUGUGUCUGCGCUAAGUGUGAGGCGAUCGGCAUAUCGCUGGGAAUUGUGGCGUAGUCAUUCCCUCAACCUCCUAGUUUUCGAUCAUCUCUAAAAUCGGCGGGUUCGUAGAGUAUAGCGUGAUAGAGGAGCACUAGGUUCCGCCUGCCGCCGGUUUGCGAACUGGAUAAAGCUGAGGCCGCUCUUUCAGUAGCCCCAGGAUACAAAAAAAAAAGAAACAAUUUCUGAAAUCUCCAAAUCCAAAUCCAAAAUCGAGACUUGUUUCAUGCAAGAAGAGUUAGCUGUUGUAUCACUUUUUGCAGCCAUAUGUAGGUAGCGAUUCUUUCAACGGUCGAAGAAAACGAAAACGCAAACAAAAUGUCAUCUGACGGAUCGACGCUCGCAUCGCAGGUCAGGGAGGCAACAAGACUUGCGCUCGAAGAGGAGGAUUUGAAGGGGGGCUCAGGCAUUUUGCGAUCCCUAGUCAAAGAGAAGAAGAUUUCCGCUACCCAGCAGCGCCAAAUCCUAGCUGCUUGGGCCGAUGGCAACGGCGUGACAUUUUCAUCAGCAGGACAUGUAGUCGUGUCUCCAGCUGAGGAAGUGCUUGGAACGGCUGGUGGUGCUUCCUCUAGUACCGCUUUGGCUCUUGCGGGAGACCACGUCAAGAAUCAAUCUGAAGCAGAUGCUAGUAAAGCUAGUGAUCUACUUGUAGUAGGAACAACCGCAGCUGCAUGUUCUUCUGGUGGCGGGCAAGGUGGUACAGUGCUUCCCUGUGAAGCGGAAGCACCCUCUCGUCCUCUCACUGAGGCUGAAAUAGCCAAACGAGAACGCGAUCUGUUCGAGCAAGAGUUGCUUCUCGACGCACAGGAGAUGACGAAAGAACAAAAGCAGAGACGCAAAGUGGAGAAGGAAAAGCUGGUGUCUGAGGUCAUGCGGAAACAGAAGAAAUCACGCAGAGAAGCGAUGGAAUAUAUUACGCAAGGAGGUCAACUAUUAGACCUACGUAUGUUGUUUUAUGUGAAAUAUGUCUUUAUUUACAUUUUUCCCAUUGUUCCCUAUCUGGAAUCAUGUUAAUCUUAAUAUCAAUCAAGCAAGAAAUAUUUAUCCAAGAACUACAACAUUCUCACUCUCCCUAGGUUUAGACGCCGAAAAGAUGCAGGGUGAGAUGGGUGCGCCCAACGAUGCCUACUGGGAUGAAGUAUUAAAGAAAGGACCACCUGAGUGGUUUGAAAAAGCUUUUGCCGAAUAUGAGGCGAAAAUGGAGGUUGAGAAGGAAGGAAAGGGGAUAGAGGGGGAAGGAUCUGGAGAUGGUGUUCAGGGAGAGGGGCUGGAAGUCGCAUUGACGAAUUAGAGAGGACCAAAUUCAGACGCAUUACGUCUUAUCCGUUUUUUACGACCGAACUCGCGACCGAUGUGGUCUUCGAUCUUCUCUACGAUGAUAAUUUGGGCAUUUCUUUUUAACACAGGAACACAGCAGGAUCGCUCGUCAAGAAAACCUUCUCGGCCUCAA